AUGGAGGAAAGCACGUUCCAGGGGUCGUCCAUGACUAUUCCUGGUCACGUCGGAGCUCCGCUGCCAUGUAACAUCAUCAAACUGGUGGACGUUCCUGAUAAGAACUACUUUGCCUCUAAGGGAGAGGGAGAGGUUUGUGUAAAGGGACCAAACGUGUUUAAGGGCUACCUCAAAGACCCAGAGAGGUCGGCCGAGACGCUAGACACAGACGGCUGGCUCCACACCGGAGACAUCGGCAAAUGGUUACCUAACGGCACGCUGAAGAUCAUCGACAGGAAGAAGCAUAUCUUCAAGUUGGCGCAAGGCGAGUACAUCUCCCCGGAGAAGAUCGAGAACAUCUACAUUAGGGGUGAACCUGUGGCGCAGCUGUAUGUUCAUGGAGACAGUCUGCAGUCCUGUUUGGUGGGGAUUGUGGUUCCUGACCCUGAAGUAAUGCCUGGGUGGGCCAAGAAGAAAGGCAUGCUGGGUACCUACAAAGACCUCUGUAAAAACACGGAGCUAAAGAAGGCAAUCCUUGAAGAUUUAGUGCGUUUGGGCAAAGCCAGCGGCCUCCACUCGUUUGAGCAGGUGAAGAACAUCUACAUCCACAACCAGAUGUUCUCCAUCGAGAACGGCCUCCUGACUCCGACGCUCAAGGCCAAGAGAUCCGAGCUGAAGGAGUUCUUCAAGGGGAAGAUCGACCAGCUCUACAACAGCAUCUCCAUGUGAAGGACUGUGGAGACCACGUUUUUUCCCUCGAGCAUCUUAACACUAAGAUCUGCUUUGACCGUCGACGUGCCAGCGGUCAGAGAUGCUUCACCUUGGGUUUAACCUGCUUCGGGAAAGCAAGUGAAACGUGGCUCUGCUUUGUAAGAUUUAACAGCAGCUAAAUAAAAACAAAUCAAACAAAGAAAUAAAGUGAAAGGUAGUGCACAACGUUGUGUGCAUGUCCUUGUUAUGUAUAUGCAUUUACUGUGUCAUAAUUAAAUGGAACGACAGGUUUUUAAAAAAGACAGUUAUUUAGCUUUUAGAAUCAAUAAUGGAAUUUAUUGCUUUUCAUUAUGACAUGAAUUUUUGAAGUCAAAUUUAAAAACAGAACAAAAACCCUGAUGGGCUGAAUGUGAGACCACAGUAUGGACACAUGUUGCAGUGUAUCUUGUUACGACUUUUGUUCUACCAACAGAAAAGGAAAUUACUGUACUUUAGAAAUUUAUAGUGAGCGACCUUUCGUACCAUGAAGAUAUUCUAUCUUCUGUCGAUGUAGUAAUUAUAUAUACUGCAAGAUUCAUCCAUCCUUGAGUCUCAUGCCAGCAAUAAUUGGCUUAUUGUCCCUGUGCUGACCUGUGAUUGAGGAUUUUGGCACAAACAGAGUAAUGACAGUGCUUUGUUUGCACUGUUGUGUAAUACACCUCUUAACUUAGCUUCCUGUGUAUUUGUUUUUAAUGCGGCCUGGAAAAUUGAUGUCACGUAAUGAAUUGUGUUAUUGUCCAUUAAAUAUAAAGUUCUCAAUUUCGUUAUGACACAGUGUAAACACCGAACACACAUAUAUAAAUGUGUAUCGUUUUUCUUCGUUUGACUUGUUCUAAUUUUUGCCACGAUUGAAUCUUCCAUACACCGCUACCUGCGAUCCACCCCAACAAACCAUCAAAUGCUCCGUCCCCAGCAGCACACACUCAUCAGCACUUUUACGUUGAGAAGUCCAACUCCUGUUUCCGGCUAACUCUGCUCCUCCAUCAGUUUCAACCCACCAGCCUGAACAGUCAACCAAAAUCCACUGCUGGGCUUUGACAGCUGUGUCCAGUGUAGCCAGAGGAGAGGUGUAGAUGUGAGGGAAUACUGACACCCUGUGCAACCGGGGUGAACUGCAUCCCCAGUGGGGAACAGUUCACCUGAUCAGCUUAAGCAACAUCUGAAGUUAUAUUGAACCCCCUCCGAUUGUUGCACAAUUAGACCAAAAUCCACCUGUUCGAGAGCAGGAUUACGAUUGUAAGGAAUCACUGUUGUCGACACUGUUCCACUGUGGAGCAUCACAGUUUGUGUCGUGUCUCCACUCGUCUGUCAUCCGCAGUUUGGCAUGCAUGCUCCUCGUUUAUAUGAAGGACUUGCCCCACUGUAACGACCAUCAAAGUUCACGCUGCACACUCGACACAUUCGAAUCUUUCAGUUUUUGUCCCGUCCAUCUUUUGCACAGAGAGUAUGAAUGACAGGUAAAAGGAAAACAAACAAAAAAACAGAACACGAUGCAAAAAGCAGAGCUCGGGGCAAUGCACGCAGUUUGCCCUGCAGUGCUGGGACCGAUAGCAUUUGACUUGAAAAAUGGGCAACUUAUUCUUUGUGGCCAUUAAUAGCAGGUUUGUAUACAGCUGCCCCACAGCCACCGCUGCUAGUGCAAGGCUUUGUAACGUAGGCAAAGCCGAUGAAUUCCACUCACCGAAAGCGAACAGAACAUACAUUAACUUUUAAAACAAGUAAAGAAAUGAUUUUUCUCUGAAGGGGUUUACACAUAGAAAUAAUGUAUAGGCUUUUUAAGUUGAUUACCGUCCCAAAGCAUAAACAAUGUGGAUGUACAUAAAUGAGGACAGCUAGAUGUAAGCAUAUUUAUUAAAUCAAUGGUUUGAAUGGAUUUUUUUUUUCUCUUUUUGCGUGUAACGAGAUGAAUUGUAAUUAUUUAUUUAUCUAUUCUGCUGUAAAAUGGAAUCAGCACCAUAUCCUUGUAAUGAUUGAGUGCAGCAAUAGGGAUGAGGGAGGGCGGGGACUAGGAAAAAAGGGCAAUGAAAUAAAAGAUAUUCUGGAAUGAUUUUAAA